GACAGUGAAACAGAGCGGAGAGUUCCCACUCUCCCUUCAUUUCUCCUUCUUCUUCUUCUUCUUCUUCUAAAUCUUCGCUCUGCUCUUUUUCUCUGAAAAAAUGUGAAGAAAAGCAUCGAAUUACGUAAAAAUCGACAUCUUUUAUAAUCAUUUAAUGGGAAGCGGAGCCUCACGUCACCUCCGAUCAUGCCUCCGGCCGACAGCCGUCGGCGGCGAGGAGAUCCCGGUGUUCGAGCCGGGACCGCUUGAUGAAACUUUAGGGCACUCUUUCUGCUACGUUCGCUCUUCCUCCCCGGCGCACUCGCGCUCCUCGUCCGCUGCCUCGGCGGUGGAGAUCGCCUUCAAGGCCAUCUCCGGCGCAUCUGUUUCCGCGAACUCUUCAACCAUUCUCCCCAUAUACGAUAACUCCAAAUCAACUUUACACCCCGGCGGAUUCCAGAGCUCCUCCUCCUUCUCGACCCUCCCGCUUCAACUCGCCGGCGAUCUGGACCGCGGGUUCUUUCUCUCCGGUCCGAUCGAUGUUGCCGACGGUGACACGGGUCUUCCCUUCUCCGGACCUUUGGUGAAGAAGUGGAAGAAGAGACGAAAUAGCACGCCGCUUUUCCGGCGAAGUUUCUCGGAGAAGAAUCGACCAUCUGUGGUACCCCUUCAUGGAAUCCGUGGCCGGAGAUACGAUCCGGACGCCGGCGGAGCGCCGGAGGCUUCCGGAAACGUUCAGUGGGCUCACGGCAAAGCCGGCGAAGACCGGGUUCACGUCGUCGUCUCGGAGGAGCAGAAAUGGCUUUUCGUCGGGAUCUACGACGGGUUCAACGGACCGGAAGCCCCAGAAUUUCUGGUGGACAAUCUCUACCGAUCCAUAUUUAAUGAGCUACGCGGUUUGUUUUGGGAAGAAGUUGAGGAAUCAAGACAGGAAACUGUUGUGAAGGGUGUCUCUUUCAGAGAGAAUUCGAGUAUGCCUACCAGGCGUUUGAGAGAAUUCCUAGCUGAAAGAGAUGAGGAUGGUGGUUUGGAGUUCUCUGGUUCAGGCCGCUUUGCCUUGUCGCUCUCCAAGCUGAGAAGCGGGUUUGGGAGCUGGAGGAAGAAGGCGAAGGAAAUCCAAGAUGCGCCGGAGAGGAGUUAUCGCCAGAGGAAGGCCGGACCGGUUUCCGAUCAUGAUUUGGUUCUUAGGGCUCUUUCGAGGGCGCUCAAAACCACAGAGACCGCUUACCUGGAGAUGACAGAUAGGGCAAUGGAUAGCAAUCCAGAGAUGGCUUUGAUGGGAUCUUGCUUGCUUGUGGUGUUGAUGAGGGAUGAGGAUGUAUACGUUAUGAAUGUUGGGGAUAGCAGGGCGAUUGUGGCUCAGUAUAGGUUACAGGAAGAUGCAGAGAAGGGUGGGUAUGAAGUAGUAGAGAUUGAGGGUUUAUUUGGUCGGGAGGGAAUGGAUUUGAAGGCUUUGCAGCUUUCUACUGAUCACAAUACCAGCAUUCCUGAAGAGGUUCUAAGGAUAAAAGAAGAGCAUCCUGAUGACAACCAAUGUAUUGUAAAUGAUAGGGUGAAGGGCCGCCUAAAAGUGACCCGUGCUUUUGGGGCUGGGUACCUCAAACAGGCCAAGUGGAAUAAUGAGUUACUAGAAAUGUUCAGGAAUGAAUUCAUUGGAACUGCACCAUAUGUCUCCUGUAUUCCUUCUCUUUGUCACCAUAAAUUGGGACCAAAUGAUCAGUUUUUGGUGCUUUCAUCAGAUGGUCUUUAUCAGUAUUUGAGCAAUGAGGAAGUAGUUGUGCAUGUUGAAAGAUUUAUUGAAAGGUUUCCAGAAGGUGAUCCUGCCCAAAGUUUGAUUGAGGAGCUUCUGUUUCGUGCUGCGAAAAAAGCUGGAAUGGACUUCCAUGAACUGUUGGACAUACCUCAGGGCGACCGGAGAAAGUACCAUGAUGAUGUAACUGUCAUGGUUAUAUCUCUAGAGGGAAGAAUAUGGAAGUCCUCAGGAAAAUACGUGUGAUCUGCAUCUGCUUAGAACUGAAGGGCCAAUUAUGCACAACCAUAAGCCUCCAGGACUCGGCUAAAUCCAUUCCAAAGACAAGCGGGGAACUAAGGUGCUAAUUUGUUUCUGAUCUCUUUCAAUGCGGCAAAACCUUUUCAUUAUGCUUAUUCAUGGAGAAAUUUCGGAGAAUCAUAAUACAUCUACCAAGCUCUCAGCUUCCGUUUCUCAUGAACAAUAAAUGAAGAUGGGUUUGGAAAGAUGGGAGAAUACAUCGUUUCAUUUUGGUGGGAGCGUAUUGGUUUAUUCUUUCUGUUUUAGGAGAUGCACAGAAUUGGGGGAAUGAGCUUUUUUUUUACAAUUUUCCUAUAUGGUAUUCUUUUGAUGUAUUUUGGGUGGGAAAACAAUGGCAGAUCUUCUAUGUUGUAUGUGAUGAAACUUAUGAAGCAUUCUGUUUUAGUGGAUGGUGAAAAAAAGAACGUGAUUUAUCUUUAUUGGAAAGUAUCAAUCCCCAUUAAGAAGAAAUUGAUUUAAUUGGCUCCAAUGAUUGAUUUUUGAAGAUCGUUCAAACAUUUGUUCUAAAGAACAUAUCUCCUUUGGGGUUUACCAGAACCGAGUGGCAAUGAGGAGCAAUAAAGGAGGAAACCCUAGUCGAGCGGCUCCAAUGCGAAGGAAGAAGAAUUGAAGGAAUUAGGGCUACAAAUGUCCCGUGCGAAGAAGGGAAGAGAUGAAGCCGCAUAGGAGAAAGAGAUGGGGAAGCGAGCAACUUCGUGCACGAAGGAGGAGAAUCAACCAAGCCUUGAAGUGGAGUGAAGCCCGAGCGUGCGAGAUAGAGGAGUGGAGCAACUUUGCGAGCUUCCUAGCUGUGCCCAAUAAUUAAGGUAAAUAGUAGAGUUUGCUAUUAAGUAUAUGUUAAAUAUUUUAUUUUAAUUAAUGUUAAUAUUAUGUUAAUUGAGAUCAGAAAGACUAGCAAGAAAGCUUUGUGUGCGGGUUAGG